ACUGCUGUUCAGCUUCACCUUGGCUUCACCCAGCAAGAUAACAGCUAACAGUCAUGGCCACUAUUCCUCCUCAAGCGAGGUCCAAACAACUCCGAGCAUGCUUACUAUGUUCUAUCAUUCAACAUCCCAUGGAUUUUCGGAAGAACGGUUGUCCAAAUUGUGAAGAGCUCAUGCAGAUGAAAGGUUCCCCUGACCGCAUAAGUGUUUGCACCACCACAUACUUUGAUGGUAUUAUUGCUGUCAUUGACGCAGAAGCAAGCUGGGUUGCUCGAUGGCAAAGAACAUCAAAAUAUGUUCGGGGAAUGUAUGCUGUCCGUGUAAAAGGUCGUAUUCCUGAAGAUGUAGAAGCCGAGCUUGAGUCCCGUGGCAUCAAGUACCGUCCAAGAGACCAGAGCGAUCAGGAUUAGCAUGUGUAUUGCAUUUCAUGCUGCAGUCCAGUUUUGUCACAGUUUACAUUAGCUUUGUCGCUACCUUUAGUAGCAGAAUUAAUAGCCAGCAUAGAUCUUCGAUAUGCGCCACAUUGUUCAGUCUCAACAGGUUUCAACGCAUUUGCUGUAUUACACAACUCAUUGUCACUGGAGCCAGCACCCCAGGUUUCUCAAAAUUAUUCGAGUUGGAGACCC